AUGGCAGCUGUAUCUGCCCAGUGUAACUCAUCCACAUCCAUGUUGUGGUAUCACUUUGUUGCGGUAGAUAUCACAAACACCUUCCGUACAUCAUUCGCUACUCAUUUGUCUGGUGUGUCGGAUCGCCGUGUUUUCGCCUCGACGUUGGCGAUUCUCAUGCGGCAAUGGCGCAGAGAGCGGUGGGAUGAGACAUUUUUAACAACAACAACAACAACAACAAAUCACAGAAGUGGUGUAGGCGAACAAAGAGGAAGAAGACGAGGCGGUGAUGAUCACACAGAGGCCAAACGGCAACAAGCACAGGAACGCAGUCUAGCCAUGUAUUAUGAAUCCAUACGUGUGCAGCGACUCAUGGAUGAGGUUCUGCUCUUCCCACUCCUGGAAGAGAGUGAAGGGGAAGACAAGACACUCUCACGUACACUACGCCGUCGCUGCAGUUUAAUUAAAGUUGUGGAUGCUGUUUGGAGCGCAUCCGCCGCCACUGCCGUUGAGUUUCUUCUUCCCGUUGCUGAAUGGCAGGCACCGCAGUACUAUCGCCGUGUAAAGCGUCCGGUUUCUGUAGCCUCUCUCUAUUGUAGUGUGUGGGAUGCGGAGGUGGAGGACUACACCGGCCUUAAGGAACUAUUGGUGUUAAUGCGCAGUAACUGUGAGUUAUACAAUGGCCUCGGCAGUCCACUCGUCGUGGCAUGUCAGGAACUCGUCAAGAUUGGAAAUCGCGCGGCGAGAGAUGCACAGACGCAGGAAGAACAAAGAGAAGCACAGGAAGGUGGUCUUGUGAUCCCACAAUCAUUAUUGCUGGAUACACCAAAUACAACUGCUGUAGGUGGUGGUAGUGGUAGUGGUGGUGGUGGUUUGGGUAUAGGCGGUACAUUAGUGAUGGCGGAUGAGUUGACGAAAAUGUUUCCCCCACGGCUUGAGGCUGCAGAGUCUUCUGUUGAAAAACAAGCCUCUACUACUACUAAUACUAAGACUACUACUAAGACUACUUCAAACCCCUCUGUGGGGGCUAGUCUAAACCUUCGUGGUAUUGGUAAUAGUAAUAAUAGUAAUAGUGCAGGUGGGUCGUCCAGACCUGUACUGCGGCUUGUUCCCCAGCAGAACAGACAAGAGAAGAGUGAAUCCGGUAGUGUUGGUAGUGUUAGUGUUGGUAGUGUGGAUAACGCAAACCGUCCAAGACUACGACUGCGGUUGGCUGUCAACAGUGCUACAGAAGCCACAGAAACAAAACCAGCAGCAACCGCCACCACCACCACCACAACAACAACAACAACAACGGCAACGACAACGACAAGAGUCUCACCAAAUGAAGAGGUUCCAGUUAAAAGAGGGAGAGGGAGACCGAAAAAGGUUGAGGAACCAACAAAGGAGAAGAAACAUUCAUUAAAGGCGGAAACAAAUGGUGAUGAUGAUGUUAUUCACUGGGUCCGUUGUGAUCGCUGUAGAGAGUGGCGUGAGUUGCCAGAGAAACUUACGCCCACUCCUGAUUACUGGGAGUGUUCUUUCGCUCAAGCCGAGUGUAAGCCAUUAAAUGAGAAACAGAAACGUCAGGAGGAGAAGUCUAAAGAGAAGAGUGUAGGGCAGACGCGUGGAAGAAAAAAGAAGAGUAGUCAAGAAGAAAUUACUGCUACCACCGAUAUGAAAAGUCGUAGAGGACGCGGUAGUAGUAGUAAUAGUAGCAAGACGACCACAAAACGAGAAAAACAGUUGCGAGCAGACGGAGUCAUUGACGAUGAUGAAGGGGAACAAACACUCCUUCAGAGUUAUGUCUCAAAAGUAGAGGCGCAAAAGAAAAAAAAGAAAACAUUGCGUGAACCUCCACUAAAGCGACGUCGGGCCGCACGUUCAUCUUCGUCUUCUUCUUCCGCCUCUUCCUCAUCAUCCUCUCAAGACUCUUCAGAGAGUGACAGCAGCAGUAGCAGUAGUAGUGGCAGCAGCAGCAGCAGCAGCAGUUCAGAGGCACCAACACCCCAAAAACCAGUAAAGCGAGGCCGUGGACGACCACCCCUCAAAGCCACAGCAAAAGCGACGAAAACAGUAAAAACGACGAGAAAGAAAUCUACCAAAAAACGACACCGUGAUGCCAAUAGUGAUACUUCAGAAGAUGAGGGGAGUAGUGAUGAUGGUGGGCGUGGUCGUUUGGGCAGAUCUUCGACUGGUCCCGUGUUGACUGCUGAGAUGCUUGAUGAGCUUGAAGCCGAGAUGGAUGAAGUGGAGGCCAUUCCGGUUCUCUCUGAUAAUCCCAAGGAAAUUCUUUCAAGACUUCAAAGCAUAGAGAAAAAAUUGCGGUGA